AUGGUCCCGUCUAACUUUACCGUCCAGUCUGAUGACUGCAAAAUAUGUGUGGUCAUGGUAGGCCUGCCGGCCCGAGGCAAGAGCCUCAUUGCCGGAAAGGCCAUGCGCUAUCUGGCCUGGGUCGGUAUUCCGGCCAAAGUGUUCAACGUCGGUAGCUACCGCCGCCAUAACACACCCCAGCCAGCCGCAACCUUUUUUGACCCACACAACGCGGAGGGCGAGCGCAUGCGCCGUGCAGCGGCUGAAGCGGCCAUGUCCGAUAUGCUGCAGUGGUUCCACGACGGCAAGGGGGUGGUUGCCAUUCUGGAUGCCACUAACUCCACCAAGAAGCGCCGCCAGUGGAUCCAUGAAAAGUGUCGGGAAGCCGAUAUUGAAACGCUUUUUGUCGAGUCGAUCUGUGACGAUGAAGACCUGAUCAUGACCAAUAUCCUUGAAGUGAAGACUACGUCGCCGGACUACAAGGGCCAGGAUCCCGAGCUGGCGGCCCUGGAUUUCCGCAAGCGCAUCCGCAAUUAUGAAAAGGCCUAUGAGACCAUCGAUGAUAAUGAGAAGCACUACACCUAUGUCAAACUCAUCAACGUUGGGUCAACGGUAAUUAUCAACCAGAUAAAGGAUUACCUGUCCAGCCGGCUGGUCUACUAUAUUCAAAACCUGCACAUCAAACCCCGUUCCAUCUGGCUCUCCCGACACGGUGAAUCCGAAUAUAACCUCACUGGCCGCAUUGGGGGCGACUCCAGCAUCUCUGAGCGCGGCGAGGCCUACGCCUCUGCUCUCCCUUCACUCCUCCGCAAGUCCGGAGUUCCCCCCAACACGAAGAUUGUCAUCUGGACAUCCACCCUCCGGCGCACGAUCCAGACCGCCCGGCACCUCAAAGCUGAAACCGGCUUCGAGAAGCUAGAGUGGAAGGCACUAGACGAGCUGGACUCCGGUGUCUGCGACGGGCUGACAUACGAGGAAAUCGCCGAGAAGUACCCGGAAGACUUCGCCGCGCGCGAUGAGGACAAGUACAACUACCGGUACCGGGGCGGCGAGUCGUACCGCGACGUGGUGAUUCGGCUGGAGCCGAUCAUCAUGGAACUGGAGCGCAGCGAGAACGUCAUCAUCGUCACGCACCAGGCCGUGCUGCGCUGCAUCUAUGCGUACUUCAUGAAUGUGCCGCAGGAGCAGUCGCCCUGGAUGGAGGUGCCCCUGCACACGCUGAUUAAGCUCACGCCCCGCGCCUACGGCACUGAGGAGAAGCGCUUCAAGGCUGAUAUCCCGGCUGUCUCGACGUGGCGUGGGAAAGGCACGUCUGCGAAACAUCAGGAGUUCCCGGCCAAUGGGCAGGAAGCGCCCCUUGCAUCGCACUAA